CGCGCCCUUGAAGCACACGGGGGGAGACAACAACAUGGAGAGGGAGGGGACGCUGGUCCGGUCCAUUUACUACGGGAGAAUCGGAAGCGAGGUCACGGAGAGGCUGCUGGAGAGAUUUGGACAUGACGGCAGCUUCCUGUUGAGAGACAGCGAGACCGUGCGGGGAGCCUACUGUCUGUGUGUGAGGAAAGCGCCGUUUGUGCACACCUACAGGCUUUCACACUCCACAAACGGCUGGUGUCUUCAGCAGGACCCAGGAGUCCGACCGCAGAGUUUUGGGACUCUGGAAACACUGAUAGAGAAUUACAGAAGGGGUGCAGCCUCUGAUGACGGUGUAGCUCCCCUCACGGAACCGCUGGACAAAACACAGCUACAAUACAGCAGCUUUGGACGAGAGUGUCUCUACAUGGAAAUGUGAAUCAGCAGCAGCUCGGUCUAUUGAGGUCAUGUCUUCAGCCUGGCAGACCGACCCCAUUGAUCAGGUGGACUAACAAAAUGGCAGAAAGCAGCAUUUUGUGGAACAGCAAGGGUCUGUUCGCUGUCCGUCAUAUCUUCUCAAAUGUAUUUAUUUUGUGUCUCUUAUCAGUAAAAAAAAAGUCCACUGUAGUGUAUGCAAACCGUGUACAUUUCUAGUAUGCAUUUCAACAAGUACUCAAGAGUACUUGAAAGUCAUUAAAAAAUAGUUGUUUCCUAAUGAGUCUGGGAACAUAGUUUUUGUAUAAAAAACACAAUCUGAUGCUGUGGUAUUGUGAAGUUUCUUGUCAUAAGAAAGAUAUUUUGACAUAGUCGUGGUCAUGUGUCACCAUGUUUUCUUCUGUUUAUUUAUCUGUUUGUGGAAGUCAUACUUGAGUUCAGUGAUCUAUUUGAACUGUGCGGUUUGUCGACACAUAUUUUAUCUUAUCUUAUCCAAAGCCGCUGUAUACAGAACAGAGGAACCAGAACCAUACAGGAAAUGUAGCGAUGCAGGACAGGCAGGGCAUAAAGUUUAUGGUGGGCAUCUUAUCAUGCGGCUUAAUUCAUUCAUUCAUUGCUGCAAUGCAAGGUUCUUCUCAGUCAUCUGCGAUAUCCAACCUAAGUUUCCCUGCUUUACCAGUGUUACAGUCAAUCUACCAGACUGAAACACAGUGUUUCCUCAAAGUUCCUCCCUGUCAGUUCCUCUUAAACGCUGCGCACUGUGAAUAUAAAGUACUUUGUUGUAUGUGUCACAUUUAUCACAUUUUGACACACACUUCAUUGCAAACUUGAAUCUGAACUUGCAUAUUUUAAGUCGUAAGUAUCUGCAAAGUAAUCCAGUCAACAUACUAUGCCAAUGAAACUAAUAAACAACUUUGAAGCCUGUCUGUGGCCUUAUAGGAAGUACCAUUUGACUUGAGCCUACAAUGAUGUGGUUAUUGUCAGAGAGCUGCAACAAGCUGAGUCAGUCUGAGCUGCCUGCUGCUGUCAAAAGUUCCCUUUUGCUUUGACAGCGACAGUAUUUCUGUUAAUUUUUGCCCCCAUGUUUUAUUUUCUGUAUCUGCUGCCACAAUCAUGUCAGCUUUGUUUUAGCAUGUCAAUCCACUACGUUGUGAAUUGAUGUGAUCUGUGCUUGACAUCUCCCGUGUGUGUUUGAAAGUCAGCUCUGAAACCAGACUUGAUUUGCUCUGAUUAGCUCAGGGUUGGCUUUAUGAACCAGGCUCAGUUUGUUAGGCCCAAUCAUUCAUUCUCUGAACUGACGAGGUGAUCUCUGCGCCCAUGUACUAAGGAGAGAGCUAAGCUAAGCCGACCGCCUCGAUACUUUAGCUUGAACAGAUAUGAGAGUGGUAUCAAUCCUCUUAUCUGACGGUCCUCCAAAAAGCGAAUAUGUGUUCUUCCCAAAAUGUCAAACUUUAAUGGGUUAACUUCAAUAUUGUUGUGUUCACAUUUUGUUUGAUACUCUUUUCUAAAAAAAACAUGUAACAAUGUUAUCUUCACGCUUUUGCAUUUGUGAAAUUGUUACAUGUUUGUCUAAAUGUUUUUCCUUUUUGCCAUUAUUGUCCUGUGUCGGCUCCCAUAAAGAGAGUGAAAGGCUCUCAUUGGACCACCGUGUAUAAAUAAAGAUUGACUAAAAUAAUUCACUUUAAAUGAGCAUUUGAUAUUUCAGUAUAUCACUCAACUUUAUUUCACACCCCAAAAGGUAUACACAUUUAUAGAAGCACUGUAGAUCU